GUGCGGGGGAGGUUCUGGGAGAUCGUGGGAGCUGCAGUCUACUCCCUCCCGGGUCUGGCCGGCUUCCGGACCCCGGCUUGGAGCGGCUGUGUGCGUCUCCUGGGUCACCUGCUUCGCCACUUCCUAGCGUGGUCCCGAGAGCCAAUGAAAGACUUUUGGGAUCCACGAAGUGCAUUAUAACUAAAGGUAUAGGGAUGUUUUACCUACAUGUAUAUAAGUGCACCAUGUUUGUGUCUGGUGUCUUCAAAGGCUAUCGGAUCCCCCAGAACUGGACCUAUGGACUGUAAUGAGCUCCCAGUUGGAUGUUGAUUUCUCCACCACCAGUGUUUAGACAAACCUCAAUAAAAUGACUCUUCAGGAGUUGGUGCAUCAGGCUGCCUCUGUCUAUUUAGAUAGAACAGCUGUAUGUUUUGAUGAAGGCAACAACCAGGCUCCAGUGUGCUGUACCUACAAGGCUCUGUUGAGCGAGGCCUCAGAAUUAUCCGAUUUUCUGCUAGCACACUGUGACUUUGGAGGACUUCGGGAAAUUGGUCUCUAUUGUCAACCUGGGAUAAACUUACCCUCCUGGAUUCUAGGGAUUCUUCAGGUCCCGGCAGCUUAUGUGCCCAUUGAUCCAGACUCUCCACCAUCAUUAUCAACUUACUUUAUGAAAAAAUGCGACCUAAAGUAUGUUCUUGUUGAAAAACGGCAGGUUAAUAAAUUCAAGUCUUCACAUGAAACAGUUUUGAACUAUGAUACAGUUUCAGUGGAACAUAAGGACCUGGUACUCUUCAGACUGCAUUGGGAAAGUGGCGAGGUGAACUCAGUGCUUGGUGACAGAACAGAUAAACAUGAGGUAAAGGAUAGAGAAGACAGAGUGAAUGGUGAGAGCAGGAUCCAGGAGAAGGAGCACAUGGGCAUGUGGCAUGAGGGCUGCUUGGCUUACGUCCUCCAUACCUCAGGGACCACAGGGACCCCGAAGAUCGUCAGAGUGCCUCAUGCAUGCAUACUACCUAAUAUCCAGCACUUCCGGUCACUUUUUGACAUCACUCAAGAAGACAUUUUGUUUCUGGCUUCUCCUCUGACCUUCGAUCCGUCUGUUGUGGAGAUAUUUGUCUCUCUGUCCAGUGGAGCCUGCCUGCUUAUCGUGCCAACUUCUGUCAAAGUGCUCCCAUCAAAAUUAGCUGACAUUCUCUUUUCCCGCCACAGGGUGACCGUUUUACAGGCUACGCCAACACUGCUGAGAAGAUUUGGAUCUGAGCUCAUCAAGUCCACUGUUCUGUCAGCACAUACAUCUCUGAGAGUCCUAGCCCUCGGCGGGGAAGCCUUCCCCUCACUGAGCAUCCUCAAAGGCUGGCGAGGCAAAGGCAACAGAACACAAAUAUUUAACAUCUAUGGUAUCACAGAGGUAUCCAGUUGGGCCACUUUUUACAAGAUCCCAGAGGAGAUUCUUAAUUCUACUGUGAAACACGAAUCCCCUGUGCAGCUGGGGUCUCCACUACUUGGAACGGUGGUUGAAGUCAGAGACAAAAAUGGUUCUCCAGUUCUCGAAGGCACUGGCCAAGUAUUUUUAGGUGGGAAGAACAGAAUAUGCUUUCUUGAUGAUGAAAUGACAGUGCCCCCUGGCACUAUGCGAGCCACCGGAGACUUUGUGACUGUGAAGGAUGGAGAGAUAUUUUUCUUGGGAAGAAAGGACAGCCAGAUCAAGCGCCAUGGCAAACGUCUUAACAUUGCACUUGUGCAACAGGUAGCUGAAGAACUUUACCACGUGGAGUCCUGUGCAGUUACAUGGUAUAAUCAGGAAAAAUUGAUUCUCUUCAUCGUACCCAAAGUUGAUUUAGUAAAGGAAUGCAUCUUUAAGGAAUUGCAGAAACACCUUCCAGCGCACGCCCUGCCUGAUGAUGUGCUGCUGAUUGAUACCCUUCCGUUGACAUGCCAUGGUAAAGUUGAUGUUUCUGAGUUAAACAAGAUAUAUAUAGACCACAUAAACUCACAGCCUAGGAAUAAACUCCAUGGAAAAGAGGAACUUUGGGCAAAAUUACAGUAUUUAUGGAAGUCUGUUCUGUGUCUCCCUGAGGAUCCAGAGGAUUCUUUGAAGGUUCCCGACGACUCCAUCUUUUUAGAUAGUGGUGGAGAUUCCCUCAAGUCCGUAUGGCUCCUCAAUGAGAUUGAGAAGCUUAUGGGCACAGCUAUACCUGGCCUUCUGGAAGUCAUUCUCAGCAGUCCCAUCUUAGACGUUUACAAUCACAUCGUUCAAGCCGCGUUUACACAGGAGGACCUGAAAGCCAACAGGAGUUACACCACAAAAAGGAAACUGAGUGCCGCUGAUCCAGAGGGAGCCAGCAGGAAGCCUGCACAUCUAGAGUCCACCUGGCCUUCAAACCAUGGUGGCGAGAUCAACUCCGUGAUCGCUCUGAGCAGAGGGAGUCAGGCUUUGUCUCUGGGCACUGGGAGGCUUCUAACUGAGUUAGGCCUCUGCCCUCCAAUCUCUCCUCUGGAUUUAAAUCCACAGACUAACACUCAAAUAUUAAAAAUCAUAAGUCCUCCAGCUCCUAAUGAAAAGUUGGAAAAGCCACUGCUUUCUCAGCAGGAGAACCCUGUUGUAGGGCCUGAGACGAUGGUACUGCAUGAGAGGUGGCGGUCAGACACAGGCAAAUGUGUAGACGCUUCCCCUCUGCUUGUGAUAGCAGCUGUGGAGGAGAAGCCCUCUACAACCGUGUAUAUUGGCUCCCACUCGCACACGGUGAAGGCAGUCGACCUUUACUCUGGGCAGUUGAGGUGGGAACAGCUUUUGGGAGACCGAAUUGAAUCCUCUGCCUGUGUGUCUAAAUGUGGGAACUUUAUUGUAGUGGGCUGUUAUAAUGGAUUAGUUUAUGUUCUAAAAAGUAAUAGUGGAGAAAAAUAUUGGACAUUUACUACUGAAGAUGCUGUCAAAAGCUCGCCAGCCGUGGAUCCAACCACUGGACUCAUUUACGUUGGAUCUCAUGACCAGCAUGCGUAUGCUUUAGACAUUUAUGAAAAGAAGUGUGUCUGGAAGCUAAAAUGUGAAGGAGCUCUCUUUUCUUCUCCGUGUUUGAGCCUGAGUCCACACCAUCUGUACUGUGCUACACUGGGGGGACUCUUACUGGCCAUAAAUCCUGCUGCUGGAAGCAUGGUCUGGAAGCACCCCUGUGGAAAGCCACUCUUCUCUUCCCCACGCUGCUACCAGCGCUACGUUUGCAUCGGCUGUGUGGAUGGCAGUUUGCUGUGCUUCACACACUCUGGAGAGCAGGUUUGGCACUUUUCGGCCGGAGGACCGAUCUUCUCAUCCCCCUGUAUCUCAACAUCAGAACAAAUUAUUUUUGGUUCCCACGAUUGCUUUAUCUACUGCUGUAGCGCGGACGGUCACCUCCAGUGGAAAUUUGAGACUACAGCCAGGGUGUAUGCAACGCCCUUUGCUUUCCGUCACCACCUCCAUAGCACGGACGCACUGCUGGCAGCGGCAUCCACUGACGGCAAACUGUGGGUCCUAGAGUCUCGGAGCGGAGAGCUGCGAGGUGUGUAUGAACUCCCCGGGGAAGUCUUCUCUUCUCCUGUGGUCUGGGAAUCAAUGCUUGUUAUUGGGUGCAGAAAUAAUUAUAUUUACUGUCUGGAUUUAUUGUGUGGUGAUAAAAAUAAUCAAGUGUAGCCCUUAUAAGUAUACGCCAGUGAGAUGGUCGGGAAUGUCAUUGUAAAGCUUAUGGACGGUUUUAUAUUAAAGAUUCUGUUUGGGUUAAGAAA